UACAGCAAACGUGUAUUGAAAAGUAAAAUGGCGUCAGAUAGUGAAAGGCGUAAAUUAGUUGACUUGCGUGUUGUUGAUUUACGUGCAGAACUGGAGAGGCGCAAUUUAGAUAAAACUGGCGUAAAAGCUGUUUUAAUAGAAAGAUUACAGAAGGCUCUUCGUGGAGAAGGACAUGACUCCGAAGAAUAUUUUUUUGAGUCAUCAGAAAAGAAGAUAUCUAAACGUUCGUCGAUUACAAAGCGCAGUGAACAGGAUGCAGAGUCUGAGACGCAGAGCAUUGCAGAGGAGAAUCACAAUGCAGACGUGGAUGAGGAGCAUGAUGCGGAUAUGGACGAGGAUGUGAAGAAAGAGGAGGCAGACAAUGAAGAUGGAGUGCCCGCCCAAGUGACAGACAAUAAAACAGUUGUGUCGAUGCCUGAACCUGUAACAGAUGGUGUGGAAGUGAAAGUGAAGGACGAGGCGCGAUCGCAGGCAGAGGAAGUGGGCAUAGAUGUCGACAAGAAUGUGCCUGAAGCAAAUGGUGUGGAUAAUGAGGACUCCAUCAACCUCACAAUAGGCGAGGAUGAAGAAAAGUUGCUAGCGGAGGAGGAGGACAGCAGCAGCCAGGAGAAGGAAACCAAAGCUAAUGACUUCUGUGGCGGCGACGGAGUGGAGUCACUUCCUGUCCAAGCAGCAACAGCGGCGACGGUAGCAGACACUGAUGAACGCCGUCGUAAUGCUUCCUUGAUUGUCCCUGUAGAUGAGGAUAGUGCGGUGGCAGGCUUGACUCAGCAAGAGGCAGGAGGGGAUGCAAGCAAGAAGGAUUCGCUGGGCCAAGAGGAAAACAAACGAACAUCGGAGGAAGAGUCGCUAAGCAAGAGCCAAGAGGAACACAGUGAUGAUAAAUCCGGCGGAGGAAGCAAGAGUUCUGUUGCUGCUGCUGACUCAAAGGCAACAAAAGAUGAGAAGGUGGAGAAAAAGAGCAAGUUGUCCGUGGGAGGAACCACGAGUGGCAGCAGCCGCAACCUUUGGGUUAGUGGAUUGUCAUCAUCCACACGUGCCACAGAUCUGAAGCAGGUGUUCUCCAAGUAUGGCAAGGUGAUAGGUGCCAAAGUGGUGACAAACGCUCGCACGCCUGGUGCCAGAUGCUAUGGCUAUGUCACGAUGGCAACAAGUGACGAUGCUUCCAAAUGCAUUCAGCAUCUACAUAGGACAGAACUGCAUGGGCGAAUGAUAUCUGUUGAACGGGCAAAGGGGGAUGCCACAGGGCCACCCAGGAAGAAUGAGAGCAAAGUGAGCGGCAGCUCCGUGAAGAGAGCCGAGGAGAAGAAGCGGCACGAACGACGACUGAGCGCGAGUGUCAGUGCGAAGCAGGAAGCAUCCGACAAAGAGGAGAAGAGAGAUCGGGAGGCUGACCUAGAAGUGUUAGAGGUGAAGGACGAAGCCGCAAAAGAUGGAACACCCAGCAAGAUGGAUGGAGAUCAGGCAGUGUCAGGUGAGGACAAAGACAUGCCUGGAAAGAUGACGGAUGGUUUAAGGAAGGAAGGCGGGAAGCACCAAAGUCGUGAGGUGUCGCGUGAGAGAAGGGAUCGUCACCGCAGUGCAGGGAGUAGCCACUACUCGCAUCAUAGUCGCAGCCCAAACAGUCAGCGCUGUGGGUCUCGCCACCUCAUGUCCCCCAGCAGGAAGCUUGGCGUGCUUACGUUUGCACAGAUUCGAGAAGAACGAGAGCGUCAGCGACAGAGAGAGCAUGAACGCGAGUUGCGGGAGGAGGAUAGACGGCGGCGUAAUGAGGUGUUGAGGCAGAGGGAGAUAGAGAAGAUGCAUAGAGAGGAGGCCAUGAGGCUGGAGCGUGAGAAGGAGAAACUGCGCAUUGAACGGGAACGUAUAGAGCGGGAGCGGAACGAGCUGAUGCGAAUGGAGAGGGAGCGUCAGAGACUGGAGCGUGAGAGGCUGGAACGUGAACGAGAGGAGCUGAAGCGUCAGCAGAUGAGAUUUGAAGAGUCACGCCGUACAACUAAACGACCGUCCAGCGACCGCCGGGAUUCUUACCCAGAUGAGAGGAAACGGGUGGCAACUGAGCGUCGCUAUGAUGGUCCUGGGCGCUUUGAUGAGGGAGCAAGGUUUGAGCGUGGCCCAAGUUUCCGAGUUCGUGACGAGCGUCGCAGUGACAGUGAUCACCGUAGCAAGGUGGAUGUUCGUCACUCUAGAGACAGAUACCCAGAUUCAUCGAAAGGGGAGAGUCGUUACACAGAUCGUUCAGGAGACACGUGGCAUACGGGAGGAGGCCCCCCACCAGCAAAACCAUUCAGCUCUAUGGGCAGUGGAGGAGUGCCUCCUAGAGACUCCUGGGGUCCAUCCAGUGACCGGAAGGGUGACAGCAGCCAAAACUGGGGAAGGCCCAUUGAUGCAGGGACCUCGGAGAGGUGGGUGACAAGCAGUGGAGGCCCAAUGGGAGUAGUGGGGCGUGGUGGUCCAAGCAUGGGCGGGCCAGGUUCAGUGUACAGCAGCCCGCAGAACGUGACAUCAAACAUGUCUGGCAUGAACAUGGGCAUGUCCAGCAGUGGUGGACCAUAUGGUGGUGAUCGCUUUGAUGCAUACAAGCAGUCGAUGGGACCCAUACGCAAGUACUAAGCAUUGUCUUAUGACAGGCCUGUGCAGUGCCAUGAUGACCAUGUGCGUUAAUAGUGAUAUUCAUGAAACCAUGUGAAAGUAGUGUUUGUCAUUAAUUCAUUUGUGAACAGAAGACAGUUCGUUAUGUCCGUGUGCCUGCAGCAUUUUAGGAAGUAAGUGAUGUGUAUGGGAGUUUAUCCAAAUAUGGAAAAUGAUACGUGUUCUGGGGCACGUGAUAAGCUACCCUUUCUUGCAAAACAAUAUAGACAUGAUUGUGUGCUAAAGGGACAGCAUUUUCAGGAAUAUUGUUAUAUGAAGCAGUGUAUAAGCGCCUGUUUGAAUAAUGGGGGUGCUGAAGUUGUUGGUUUCCAUUUAUUUCCAACAUUCAUUCCCAUGGGAUAUUUUUCUUUUCCAGAAUUAAUUCCCAUGGGAUAUCUUCUGUGUAAUUUUAGAAACUCUGAACUGAAUGUGUUGCACUGUUUCAAUGUAUGUGACUUAUUGUAAUAAAAUCUCACUUUAGAAUCAG